AUGUUGAGAGCUAGAACUUCGCUAAGAAGCCUCAGACAUCUUGAAUAUGCAAGAACCUUGGCAACCCUGGCAUCAGUUACCGGGGCAUUUGUGGUUCCUGAAGAAUACAAAUCCAGAGCUCCACCUUAUGAAAAGUUAAUCCAUAACUUGAACAAAGUCUCACAGAUCGUUGGCAACAAGCCUUUAACGUUGGCCGAAAAAAUCUUAUAUUCGCAUCUUUGUGACCCCGAAGAAAGCUUGGGUUCCACUGGUGGUGACUUGGCUAACAUCAGAGGUCAGAUCUACCUUAAGUUAAAUCCUGACAGAGUCGCUAUGCAAGAUGCAUCAGCCCAAACCGCUUUAUUGCAGUUUAUGACAUGUGGCAUGCCAAACACAGCGGUGCCGGCAUCUAUUCACUGUGACCAUUUGAUCGUCGGGAAAGAAGGAGCUGAUGACGAUUUAAUCGCUUCUAUAGCCACCAAUAAGGAAGUAUUUGAUUUCCUUCAAAGUUGUGGAGAAAAGUAUGGUAUCCAGUUUUGGGGUCCUGGUUCGGGUAUCAUCCACCAGAUUGUAUUAGAGAACUUCUCUGUUCCUGGUUUAAUGAUGCUUGGUACCGACUCUCAUACUCCUAAUGCUGGUGGUCUUGGUGCCAUUGCCAUCGGAGUGGGUGGUGCCGAUGCGGUCGAUGCGUUAACGGGAACUCCUUGGGAGUUGAAAGCUCCUCGUGUAUUGGGAGUCAAGUUGACGGGUCAAUUGUCUGGCUGGUCAUCUCCUAAAGAUGUUAUCACCAAGUUGGCUGGAGUUUUAACGGUCAGAGGUGGAACUGGGUUCAUUGUUGAAUACUUUGGUGAGGGUGUCCAAACCUUGUCUUGCACCGGUAUGGCCACCAUCUGUAACAUGGGAGCUGAAAUCGGAGCCACCACCUCCACUUUCCCAUACCAAGAUGCUCAUCGUCGUUACUUGCACCAAACGAACAGAGGCCCAAUUGCAGAUUUGGCAGACAUUGCCAACAGCAAAUUCAACUUCUUGACCGCCGAUGCCGGUGCCGAAUACGACAAGGUGAUUGAAAUCAACUUGUCGGAAUUGGAACCUCAUGUCAACGGUCCUUUCACUCCCGAUUUGUCUACUCCCAUUUCACAAUUUGGCGAAACCGCAAGGAAAGAAAGUUGGCCUGGAAAAGUGUCUGCUGGUUUGAUUGGUUCUUGUACCAACUCUUCGUACCAAGAUAUGAGUAGAGCUGCCUCCCUCAUGAGACAGGCCGAAGCUGUGGGUUUAAGACCAAAGAUUCCAUUUUUUGUGACUCCUGGUUCAGAGCAAAUCAGAGCUACUAUCGAAAGAGAUGGUUUAAUCGAGACGUUUGAAAAGAAUGGAGCAAUUGUGUUGGCUAAUGCUUGCGGUCCUUGUAUCGGUCAAUGGGACAGAGGUGAUAUUUCCAAAACUUCCAACGAAAGUAAUGCUAUCUUCACCUCUUUCAACAGAAACUUCAGAGCCAGAAACGAUGGUAACAGAAACACUAUGAACUUUUUGACCUCGCCAGACAUGGUCACAGCCAUGAUCUACUCGGGAGACAUGGACUUCAAUCCUGUCACUGACUCGAUCAAAAUGGACAACGGCAAGGAGUUCAAAUUCGAGCCUCCUGUAGGCGAAGAAUUACCAUACCAAGGGUUUAUCCCAGGAAGAAAAGAGUUCUACCCUGAUCCAAAUCCUCAACCACAGCCAGAUGUUUCUGUCAGUGUCUCGCCAACUUCUGAUAGAUUACAAAUCUUGGAACCUUUCAAAGCAUGGUCUGGUGAAGAAUUAAGUACCAAUGUAUUGGUUAAGGUGGAAGGUAAAUGUACCACUGAUCACAUUUCUGCUGCAGGGGCAUGGUUGAAAUACAAGGGUCACUUGGAAAAUAUUUCCUACAAUACCUUGAUUGGAGCCGUCAAUAAGGAAACUGGUGAGGUGAAUACUGCUUAUGAUUUAAACGGUGACAAAUAUGGAAUUCCUGAAUUAAUGAUGAAAUGGAAAGAAGAUGGAAGACCUUGGAUAGUUGUUGCUGAACACAACUAUGGUGAAGGUUCUGCCAGAGAACAUGCAGCAUUAUCUCCAAGAUUCUUGGGUGGUUCAAUCAUUUUGGUCAAAUCAUUUGCUAGAAUUCACGAAACUAACUUGAAGAAACAAGGUAUGUUACCAUUGACAUUUGCCGAUGAAGCUGACUACGAUAAAAUCGUCGCUGGUGACUUGUUAACUACUAUUGACUUAGUAGACAUGAUGGCCAAAGACGGUAACAACGGUGGUACUUUAAGAAUGAAGGUCACUAAGAAAGAUGGCUCUGGUGAGUUUGAAAUCUUGUGCAAGCACACGAUGUCCAAGGAUCAAGUUGACUUCUUCAAAGCAGGUUCUGCCAUUAACUUUAUUGGUAACACCAAGAGAGAACAAGCUGCUGCCAAUGCUCAAUCUAAAUUGUAA